UGUGGGGAUCAGACUGGAGAAAAUUCAUUUCUAGAAUCACAACAGAAACAUUAGAGAAAGAAACAAGUUCAAACCAACUUUGAUUUUAUUUUUCAGGCCCAAAAUGGAGCUGCAGAAGAACAACAAACUUCCCUUGAGGAAAGAGGAGACCCUGCUGUUCUGGAGAACCUGCUGCAGGACAAUGUUGGAGCUCCUGAAGAGAUCAUCAGGAGGAGCUCGGAGGAGAUGAAGUCCACACUGACACAGAAGUUUAAGUUCCUCACAGAGAACAUCAGAGGAACCACAGAGAAGAUGGAGUUUGAUGAAGGCUUCAUAGAGCUCUGCAUCACUGUGGGAGACUCUGGACAGAACCACCAGGAACAUGAGGUCCUACACAUGGAGACACAGUCCAGGAGAGCGGCCGAUGAGACGACUGUCCCAUGUCAGGACAUGUUUAAACCCCGCCCACAUUCACCACAGCCAAUCAGAUUAGUGCUGACGAAGGGCGUGGCCGGCGUGGGGAAAACAGUGCUGACUCAGAAGUUGAGUCUGGACUGGGCUGAAGGCCGGGCCCACCAGGACCUCCAGCUGCUGUUCCCCUUCACUUUCAGAGAUCUGAACGUGCUCAGAGACACACAGUUCAGCCUGGUGGAGCUGCUGCACCACUUCUUCAGUCCAUCCAAAGAUCUGUGCAGCUUCCAACAGCUCCAGGUGCUCUUCAUCUUUGACGGUCUGGACGAGUGCAGACUUCCUCUGGACUUCGGCCGAACCCGGGUCCUGAGCGACCCCACAGAGUCCGCCUCAGUGCACGUGCUGCUGGUGAACCUCAUCAGGGGGAGCCUGCUUCCCUCCGCUCUCCUCUGGAUAACCACGCGCCCCGCCGCGGCCAAUCAGAUCCCUGCUGAGUGCGUCUCCAUGGUGACAGAGGUGCGAGGGUUCGCCGACCCGCAGAAGGAGCAGUACUUCAGGAAGAGGUUCAGAGACCAGGCCACGGUCGUCAUCUCCCACAUCAAGAGCGUCCGCAGCCUCCACAUCAUGAGCCACAUCCCGAUCUUCUGCUGGAUCCUCUCCAAGGUUCUACAGAAGCUUCUGGAACAAACAGAACCAGAGCUGCCCCGGACUCUCACACAGAUGUACGUCCACUUCCUGGUGGUGCAGGCCAAAGUCCAGAACAUCAAGUAUCAGCAGGGAUCAGGGGAGGACCUUCACUGGACUCCAGAGACCAGGGAGAUGGUGAAGUCUCUGGGAAAAGUGGCCUUUGAGCAGCUGCAGAAAGGAAACCUGAUCUUCUACGAGAGUGACCUGAGCGAGUGUGGGCUGGACGCUGCAGCGGCCUCAGUGUACUCCGGAGUGUUCACACAGGUCUUUAGAGAGGAGCCAGGCCUGUACCAGGACAAGGUCUACUGCUUCAUCCAUCUGAGUGUGCAGGAGUUUCUGGCUGCUCUUCACGUCCAUCUGACCUUCUACAGCUCUGGAGAGAACCUGCUGGAGACACCACACUCCUCUGAGAGUCCAGACCCUGAGGCCUUCUACCGCUCUGCUGUGGACCAGGCCUUACAGAGUCCAAACGGACACCUGGACCUGUUCCUGCGCUUCCUCCUGGGGCUGUCUCUGCCGACCAAUCAGAACCUGCUGCAGGGUCUGGUGAUUCAGACAAAAGGUGAUCGGACCAAUCAGAACCUGUUCCAUCGUCUGUUGUCUUGGAACAAUAAAAAGCAGAAAACACAUGAGUUCAUCAAACAGAAGCUGGAUGAAGAGGGUCUGUCUGAGGAGAAAAGUCUGAACCUGCUCCACUGUCUGAACGAGAUGAACCACCACAGUCUGGUGGAGGAGACACAGAAGAACAUGAGAGAAGAACCUGUGGAGAAAACCUCAAACAAAGAAACGUUGGAUGGGGCAGAGCUGCGUAAACUCUCAGAUCUGAGGAAGUACUCCUGUGACGUCUCUCUGGACCCAAACUCAGCUCACAGACGCCUGAGGAUGUCUGACCACCAUCGAACUGUGACACUUGUGAAGAUGAACGAGAAGCAGAAGUAUCCAGAUCAUGAGGACAGGUUCACAGGCUUUAACUAUCAGGUCCUGAGCUGCACUGGCCUGAGGGGGCGCUGUUACUGGGAGGUGAACUGGAGCGGGAUGGUUGAAAUAUCAGUGAGUUACAGAAAGAUCAAACGAAACACAAAAGAGAGUUGGUUUGGAAACAAUGAUCACUCCUGGAGUCUGUGGAUCUAUAAUGAUGGAAGAUACUCUGUCCGUCACAACUGUAUCAUGACACGACUCACUGACUCCUGUCACUCAGAGAGAGGGGGCGUGUCCUCUGGUGAAGGGGGCGUGUCCUCGGGCAGAGUGGGCGUGUUCCUGGACUCUGAGGCUGGAGCUCUGUCCUUCUAUCAGAUCUCCUCUGAUGAAGAACUGUUCCACAUCCACACCUUCUCCUCGUCCUUCUCUGAGCCUCUGAUUCCAGGGUUUAGACUGUGGUUUCCAGGUUCCUCUGUGACUCUGGUGGACCUGAGCUCCUCCUGA